AUGGAUAACAAUGAGCUCAUAAGAGUAAAAAACAGAGCGAGUAACUUUACGAAUGAGUGUAAACCUCAAACUGAUUUUAUUUUCUUACCGCCAAAACAUAGAGUAUCGUACCUUAUAUGUGCGCACUAUCAUGAACGAUUUUAUCACAUCCAACAUGAAACUGCUUUAAAUGAGGUCAGACAAUUGUAUUUCAUACCAAAAUUGAGACCAUUAUUCAAAUCGAUGCGACGAAACUGCAACGUAUGUAAAAUUUCAUCGGCAAUACCUCAAGCGCCGCAAAUGGCCUUACUUCCCCCAGCACGACUAGCAGCUUUUCAACGUCCAUUUACUCAUGUGGGUAUUGAUUAUUUUGGACCAAUGGUGGUUAUUGAGAAUCGCAAAGCACUGAAAAGGUGGGGUGUUAUAAUAACUUGUUUGACUAUCAGAGCCGUUCACAUCGAAAUCGCCCAUAGUCUUAGUACUGACUCAUGCCUAAUGUGUUUAAGAAAUUUUAUUGCCAGACGAGGAGAACCUAUCACCAUCUACAGCGAUAAUGCAACGAAUUUUCACGGUGUCGAGAACGUUUUAAAAAAGGAGUUAAAGAACAUUGAUUCCUCGGUUAUGCAACACAAGCUAGCUCAUCAAGGAAUAGACUGGAAAUUUAAUCCACCGGCAGCACCACAUAUGGGAGGAGCGUGGGAGCGACUGAUUAGAACAAUUAAGACAGUGCUGUAUCAAAUUUCGCCAUCUCAACGUUUUACGGAUGAAAGUUUACGUACUGCAUUACUUGAAGUUGAAAUGAUCAUCAACUCGCGUCCUUUAACCUACGUGUCACUCGAUAGUGAAGAUGAGGAUCCAAUAACUCCAAACCAUUUCUUGUUGGGGAGCGCUAAUGGUUUGAAACCAUUUUGUGAUGCUAAGAGAAUCGAUCCAAAGAUGUGCCUCCUACAAUCUGAGAUGUUUGCAAAUCAAUUUUGGCGACGAUGGGUGCGUGAGAUACUUCCGACAUUAACGCGUCGCGGCAAAUGGUUCAAUAAAGUGAAACCCAUUACGGUAGGAGACGUUGUGCUGAUAGUUGAUGAAACAGCUAAGAGAAAUACUUGGGUAAAAGGCAUAGUUAUCGAGACAACUGUAGCGAAAGACGGCCAAGUAAGACGAGCUAAGGUCAAAACAACAAAAGGCUUUUUGGAGCGCCCUGCCGUAAAGCUGGCCAUUCUGGAUAUCGGCAAAGUUGACGCAAACGACAUUGGGGUCGCCUGCGGGGAGGAGAAUGUUGCCGAAAAUUGCGAAUAA